AAUAUGACCGCAAUUGAGGACUAGAACUGAACUUCAGGAAUUUUCUUUUCCUCUGCAUUUUGCAACAGAUGCCGAGCACCAUCUCUUUGCCCAAGAGGGUCUCGAUGACAUCACAUCCUCCCCAAAGUGUGACCCAGCCUCCCGAGUCAAGUGACAAAGAUCAUCUCAGCAGCACUGCACCGUCUCCAAGGACAGACACCCCCAGCAGAAGAUGGACGGGUCUCCUGCCCUGCUCCUCCUGCUCGCUCUGGGACUCUGCUGCCCCGGAAUCCAUGGCCAUAUGUAUGAGAUGAAGGUCAGGUUUUGUGACACCGUCACCCAGCUCCAGGUGGGACAGCAGCUGGAACUGGAGUGUCAGACUGACAGGGAUCAUGGAGUAUCCUGGGUCCACCAGGACAAGAAUGGGACCCUUCACUUCAUCGUCUUUAUCUCUUCCCUGUCCCGAGUCACCUUCAAGGGGGAUCUGAGAACAUCCACACGCUUCGAGGCCAGCAAAGACAACACUAUCUAUCGGUUGGUAGUGAAGUCUUUCACACAGCAGGAUGAGGGGAACUAUUUCUGCCUCGUGAGCAUCAAGCAAAUGUUGUACUUCAGCCCUGGCCUGCCUGCCUUCUUCCCAGUCACCACCACAGUGGCACCCAGCACACCAGGACCCACCACCCAGCGUGGCAUCACUGAAAAGGACCCCUGCCUCAAGGCCUUGGAUCCAGAGACAACAAUGCAGGAAGAGCUGAAUUCCUUCUGUCACAUCUUCAUCUGGGCCCCCUUGACAGGCCUCUGCCUCCUGAUCCUCCAGCUCCUGAUGAUCACCAUCAUGCUGUGUCAAUGGAAGACUCACCAGAACCCCUCUAGAUCCACCUCUGGCCUGAAACCACAGCCCUGUCCCUCAGGGCCACGGAUGUUCCAGUGAUCUGCUUUGGGAGGCAUCAGAGAACCAGGACACAGGCAAGGUAAGACAAGGACCACUGUUAAAAUCACUGUCUGCAUAUCUUCCAACAAAUUGCCUCCACAUUUCCACAGUGACCUUCCCUUCCCACUCCAGCUCUUUCAAAUGGAUUUGUAGCAAGAAGGUGCAAUGAUCUGACUGCAGGCAUCAGGGGCUGUU